AUGUCGACACCGAACCCCAUGCACUCACGAAGGGCCGCCCCUACCAUGAGGCCGAAAAUCAAGUUAAAACUUCUAUACGAACUCAACGGAAGCUCGUGCCUGGCACGAACACAGUUCCCCGUCGAUGUGUUUGCUGCCAACGACAUUGCAUUUGCCAACUUCAAACAGUGUUUCAGCGCCAUCAACUCUGCGUCACCAGAAAUCCUCGCUUCUGCUUCGGAAACAGACUACGCCGUGUACGUGGCAGACUGCACCGAAGCCGAUGAGCCCAUGGUGGGACGAGGUCUCCUCUCACAACUCCUCGCUCGUCCGGAGGUGGACAUCUCCGACACUUCCACGCUGCUCACAGGAGGCGUUGUUUCAGGUCGUAUUACUUCAUCUCUGCUAUCUUUCAUCCCUGGCCACGCCCAGGAGACUGUUGAGAUUCGACUCCGGUUUGUCACGAUACAUAAGGCGUCCCAAAUUGCAUCACUCAUGUCCAUGUUCUUGUACUCCUCGAUCCAGCAGAGUCUCAGCGACGAACAGGUCUCCCAGAUUUGCGAUGGGCGAUGGAUUUCCGACCUCCAAGAGCAGGGUAUUUGGGAACAGCUGCUCGAGUUCAAGAACUCUGUGCUGGCUGAAGACGACAACCCCACUCGACGAAUUAUUUCGCCCAAGAAGGCCCUUUCGCCUUUCCAGAGCUCACCAAUUACUGUUGCCCCCGCACUGUCAGCCCCCAGUGUCAACCCCGAUGAAGGCAUUCGACUCGUUGGUAAAAUUUCUGACCCUCAGAGUAGUUCAGGUCUGCUGUCAUCCUCUCCCUCCAGACACCAAACAAUUAUUCGGUCAGGUAGAGCUCAGGAAAUCGACAAGGCCAAGGAACAGGGCCAGGUUGAAAAGGAGAAUGGCAAUGAGUGUUACAACUGUCGAACGCUGCAUGCCUCCAGUUGGAGAAAGUGCACCACUCAUGAUGAUGAUGGUGUCUUUACAAUCAUACUCUGCAACCCUUGUGGACUUUGGUUCGUCAACAAGAAGGAGCACCGACCUAGAAAGUACUGGGGUAAAAUGAGAGAUGGGCGCCCUAUUCCUCCCAGUAAAAGAGGUCCCCGAAAGAAGUCCGAUAAGACGACUCUUGUCAAGGCUGAGAAGAAGCCCGUUCUCAAGCUGCACGAUAAGCCCCUUGGCAUCCAGACAUCCAUCGAUCUAACUAACGAUGCAAGAAAGUCCACGCCUUCUUCACAGAAUCCCACUCCCGUGUCAUCACACACCAUGGCCCCAACUCCUAUGGGCUCUACACCAGUACCGAGCCAUCAUACUCAGGGACUUAACCGAACGCACGUCCAGGAGAACCCCCAUCUCAACAAGCGACCUUUCCAAGCACUUACUCAGAGUCUGCAGCAACCCCCUGAGUUUGAGAGCUCUCAGACCCUGGCCAGUAGGACAGCAUCUCUCCCUGUAUCUGACAGAGGAGCAAAACGACAUAAGACCGAUGUUGCCUCUCGGCCUUCAUGCGACGCUGUGCACUCAGCUGCUAUUUAUAAGCCUACCCAGUUCCAGGCUGCAACUUCAUCACCAGCUGUCACCCCAACCAUGGAGUCUACUGCAACAAUGCCAAGCUCUCCUGGCACACAGACCCGGUCAAAUAGAGCUUCUGCCCCUGGUUCUCCUCCUCGAACCAACUCUGCCUCUUCCAGUACCCCCUUCCUUCAGCCGAAGGCGUUGCCCCCGCUUCCACCUAUUACUCCCCAAAAAGUCAGACUCACACCCAGCAAAAAAGACAAGACCCCAGACUUUCUGGUAGGUCUUUCUCCAUCCCGAUGGCUGUCGGCUUACCUUGGCUCGUCGAGAUCUCCUUCUCAGUUCUCAAGCCACACCUCCCCCGUUGAUCACAACACUGUUAACUUCUUCAGUGAAAGUGAUCUGUUCACGGAGUCUCCCUUCAGAGGGCUCUACCAGGGCGUGCGAUCAGAGCCGUUCACACAAAGCACAGCUGGGAGCAUGCCCCCUCCCUCGGCUGAUGACGACUACAACAUGAACGUGCUGCCUUCAUCUCCAUCAAUCUUCCGAAUGUACAAAGACAACAGCGACUUGUUCUCCUCAAGCAGCCAAUCCACCGAGGCCACUUCCCCCAUCAACAAGCUUCAACAGAUUGCUCGAAACUCCCCCGACGCGCACAAGAGCCUGGAGGAGUCUGAGGAAAUUGGAAAUACUAACAAGACCAAUAAGGCCUAG